AAAAGGAAAAAUAAAAAGAAGGUGGCAGUACUCCACAGUUUCAAGUUCCAUAAUCUAAACAAAUCAAAUUGGUUAUUUGAUUCAUUCAUGUCUUUCUCUCACUCUCAAAUUGGGUAUUUGAUUCCAUUGAAUCCAAAUUCCGAAGAAAAAGAAAAAGCUUCAACUCCAAAAUUAACUAUCUCAGAUGGCACAAAUAUCAUUGGAAGAAACAACGUUCCCGUCAAUGACAAGAGGCUUAGCCGUAAACAUCUCACCAUAACCGCUUCCGCCGAUGGCACUGCAAAUUUGCAUGUGGAAGGGACGAAUCCAGUUGUUGUUAAUUCAGGGAAUAAGAGAAGGAAGCUUAACUCCAAACAAACAGCUGCCAUUUUCGAUGGAGAUGUUAUUGAGCUCAUUCCUGGUCACUAUCUUUUUAAAUAUCAAGUGUCGCAAAGAUCUCCAAAGGUUGCAGACAAUAAACAUCAUGAACGAGGAAAAAAUUCAGCGACACAAAGGCAUGAUAAAAUUGCUGUGACACAAAAGCAUGGAUCUUCUCGGUCAUGUGAAGAGCCUAUUCGUGAUUUCCGUGUAGCUGAUGAUCAAAUACCUUGCACCUUUCGACUUUUGCGUGUGCAAGGGUUACCGCCUUGGGCAAAUACUUCAUGUGUUUCAAUAAGUGAUGUUAUACAGGGGGAUAUUCUAGUUGCUGUCCUUUCAAACUACAUGGUAGACGUUGACUGGUUGGUUCCUGCAUGUCCAGCACUUUCAAAAGUUCCCCAUGUGCUUGUUCUUCAUGGAGAGAGUGAUGAGAGAGUGGCUUGCAUUAAGAGAAGCAAACCUAAAAAUUGGAUUCUGCACAAACCGCCACUGCCAAUUUCAUUCGGGACACACCACUCAAAGGCCAUGUUUCUUGUAUAUCCUCGAGGAGUAAGAGUCAUUAUACACACAGCAAACUUAAUUUAUGUAGAUUGGAACAAUAAAAGCCAAGGUCUAUGGAUGCAAGAUUUUCCAUGGAAAGAUCAAAAUAGUCCGAGCAAGGGAUCCAGAUUUGAAAAUGAUUUGGUUGAAUAUCUCAGUGCAUUGAAGUGGCCAGAAUUCUCUGUUAAUCUUCCAUCCCUUGGAAACUUCAGUAUAUGUCCAUCAUUUUUCAAGAAGUUCGAUUAUAGUGAUGCAAUGGUUAGAUUAAUUGCAUCUGUACCUGGAUAUCAUUCUGGUAAUGGUUUGAAAAAGUGGGGACAUAUGAAGCUUCGUUCUGUGCUCCAAGAGUGUACAUUUGAUAAGGAGUUUAAGAAAUCCCCCCUUGUUUAUCAGUUCUCCUCCCUUGGCUCUUUAGAUGAAAAAUGGAUGGUUGAACUGGCAUCAUCAAUGUCAGCAGGUCUCUCUGAAGAUAAAGUACCCCUUGGUAUGGGGGAGCCUCAAAUAAUAUGGCCUACUGUAGAAGAAGUCAGAUGCUCUAUUGAGGGCUAUGCUGCUGGAAGUGCAAUCCCAAGUCCCAUGAAAAAUGUAGAGAAAGCAUUUUUGAAAAAGUAUUGGGCAAAAUGGAAAGCAAACCAUACUGGCCGCACCCGUGCAAUGCCACAUAUAAAGACUUUUGCUCGUUACAAUAAUCAGAAUCUCGCUUGGUUCUGUUUAACUUCUUCAAAUCUGAGCAAAGCUGCCUGGGGAGCUCUUCAGAAGAAUAAUAGUCAGUUGAUGAUUCGUUCAUACGAGUUGGGAGUGCUCUUUCUACCGUCAUUAUUGAAACCAGGAUGUGGAUUUUCUUGUACCAGUAAUGUUAAACAAUCGAAGGAUAAAUCCCCAGCACAGGAAACAUCUAAAAUGAAGAAAACAAAACUAGUGACCCUGACUGCGCCGACAAGGGAUACUACACAUUCAUCAUCUGAAGUUAUCAUCCAGUUACCCGUGCCCUAUGAGCUCCCUCCAUUGCCAUACUCUUCCGAAGAUGUGCCCUGGUCUUGGGACCGACGAUAUUUUAAGAAAGAUGAUUAUGGUCAAGUUUGGCCUCGGAUGUAAGCAUUUCAAGAUUGGCAGCAUUGUUAGUGUAUAUAUGAGUUGGUCCCUUCUCCCCUAUCUAAUUCAAAUGUGGAAAACUUGAAGAACAUGACACAAUUGGUUUUGCAACGUAGAGAUCCCUUAUGCAAUUGUGCGUCCUGCAUUGCACUGAGGGUACCAAGUCUCUACCAAAGCAAUGCUCCUUUGUUUUUCUUUGCUUCAGGGAUCCAUUCCUUUUACCGGAUGUGUAUGUUUAAAUUGAGUGAUCACUCUGUCAAUGCUUUAGCACUGUGUAAGUAGUCUUAGUGCAUGUUUGGAAUCAUUGAGUUUGACGAAAUCACGGUGAUACCGUGAUUUUGUUGGAGAAUGGAUAUGGUAGAAGUAGUCUUGUGCUUCCUAGCUUUGGAAUUUGUCUGUGUUGAAGCUAUUAAGAGCGCUUUCUCCCUUUGCUAAACUCUUCAAACUGGUCACAAAACCCAAUUUUCACAAAUGUAUGAUUUAAUUUGAAACUCUCCAAUGAGAAAAUGACAAUAGCAUUGCCUUCUUUAUACUA